AUGAGAUUUUCUGAGAAAAUGGUAACACUUGCAUCCUUAAUGUCUACAUUCAUGGUGGUUGCUUCUGCUCAGCAGUAUUUUCAAGACCUCGGAUAUGCGAGAAAACCCCAUGCUGUUAAACUAAAUCCGUCGUUGACGAAAAGAGAGACAGCGCCUGCUUUUGGGGUUUUGCAAGACGAGUGGUCAGCUGAAGUCGCAAAUGCAAGUCCCAGAAGAUUCGAAAAGUCGACUGCUGUUGAUGAAUUAUGCAAAAAAGAUGUUCAUAAUGUGGAAUCUGCAGCUGACAUGAUGCAGAUCUUACAAAAGUGCAAGCAUGUUGAUGGUUCUAUCCACGUCCUGGAGUAUUCAGAUCCUAUAAUAGACUUGGGAAGUCUGCAAAGCAUUGGUGGUGAUUUGAUUUUGCAGGACCUACCAAUGGUCGUUAGAUUGCAAGGCCCAAACCUUGCCAACAUUGGCGGGGAGCUCAAGUUACACAGCUUGACCUCAUUGGUAGGGGUCUCGCUACCACACUUGCAGCACUUUGAUGCACUCGAUUGGCGUGUGGUGCCAACUUUGACAAGCGUGGAACUGGCACCAAAUGUCAGCUCUGCAAAGCGCAUUAUCAUAUCUGAUACAUCGUUGACAGCACUUGAGGGCUUUGAAUUCAUCGAAGAGCUUGAGGUGUUUAAUAUCAACAAUAACAGAUACAUGGAAACUGUGAAAUCCAACUUGAAGCGCGUGCAUGAACAAUUGAGUGUCUCCGCCAACUUUAAGGAAAUCCAAGUCGAGUUCCCUCAUUUGAUCUGGGCCAAGAACCUGACGGUUCGUGAUGUAUCCUCAAUCUCGCUUGACUCGUUGCAGUACGUUAACCAAUCUUUGGAAGUGAUAGAAAACUAUUUCGAAACGUUUUCCGUCCCGGAGCUCAAGUCUGUGGGCGGGACAUUGGGCGUUAUCGAGAACCCCAAGUUGCACUCCGUUGAUUUCGCUAAUCUGACUAACAUUCACGGAGGUUUCAUGCUCGCGAACAAUAGUUUGAUAAGCCAAAUCAAUUUUUUGCCAGAACUGCGUGAAAUUGGCGGUGCUAUUCAGUUUAUGGGCGCAUUCCAGAACAUCGAGUGUCCCAAAUUGAGAUUGGUGAGAGGAAGUGCCCUUAUUCAAAGUACUUCUAGUGCCCUCGAUUGUUCCAAAUGGACAAGCGCAGCUAAUGGAAAUUCUAUAAUCAGAGGUGGUCGCAUUAUUUGUACCUCAGGCAAAAGACAAAACUCUGUCAGAGUUCAUGAAGACGGCAGUUUGUUCGACCAUCAUGAGAGCGAACAGGCGGCGGAGGAGACCAAGAAAACCAAAGAAGCCAACAUGAGUUCUUUCAGUGCCGACACAUCCAAAUUAAGCGUUUUUGCCUGGUCCUUGGGCCUCGGAUGGAUAAUUGCCCUUUUAUUCAUUGCAACUAGCCAGUAG